UGUAAUUGAGUUCAUAGGGAUGUAGGAAUUAGUUCCUUUGCAGUGAAAGUCAUCCUCUUUCACUCCGCCUCGCACUUUCUCCUCUCUGCCUCCAUCUGUCCUGGUCUCAUUUCUCAUCACUGCAUCACGUCUCUGUCACCGUCAUCUUUGCUCUGAUUUCUGUCCCGCUGCCUUUUCCAGCUCAUCGGUGUCCCGGUCUGCCUUGUCCCCCCAUCUCUUUAUUUAAUCUCAAUUUCCCUCCUUCUCUUAGCUGUUGCUCCGUAUUCAUCACUUUUUUCACUCCUCUGAUUUGACAUGUUUUUAGAAAACUCAGAGAUUAAUGUGGGAUUAUGACAUGGGUGGUUUUUAAUGAUUACGUAAAGGUCGGUACUAAAUCCUGAAUGAUUUUCUGGGAUUAGAUAUAUGUGUAUUUAGCAAGAAAGGGGAGGAGUUGCUCAUCGUUGUUGGUGGGUGGAAAAAACGAUCAUAGCAAGCCAGCAGUUUAGUCCAACUGCAGGAGGAAGAGGAUGAAUAUACUUUAGCUGCUGUCUGGCUGUUUUCAUCUGACGUUUGUUUUGCAACAGCAAAGCUGGACGUCUGCUUCCCCAGCUAGUGGUAUUCGCAGGUUGGGAGCAUAAGGGACCAUCUUGCCUCCUAGGUUUUUAUAAAAUCGGCCACAACUUUUCUCUUAAAAGAUUGGAAUAUAUCUUGUUUCUCCUGUUCUUGGCUGCAUCCAUAUUCAGGAUCUGCCCAUGUUCUCACGUUCGUCCCGCCAAGCCGUCAGCUACGAUGAUGUUUUGCACCACUUUUCUUUCGAGUCCUCCUGAAGAUCUGAGUAGCGAGGGCGGUGGGGGAAGAGCAACGGGAGGCAGAGGUCUGGGCCCGUGCUGCCUGUCGUCGUUGCAAUGCCUCGUCCUCCCUCAGGACGAACUGUACCCGUCUCUUUCUGACCGCACCGCUCGGCUCUCCAUGUGCGCUGAGGAGCGAGCUUGCAACUUGGUCGGUAAAAUGCUUCUUGACGUCAGUAUGAGCAGCUGCAGAGCCAGAGACGGUGGGUGUAUUUGGGACCGGGUGAAAAGGCGGCGCGGUCGCUCAGCAUCAUCUUCACCCAUCCAAACUCCUAAGAGUCCAUGUAGAGAGAGUGUAAAAGGACCUACGUUGCCCAUGGCCACAGUCGACAUCAAGAACCCGGAGAUCAACAGCGUCCAGCGUUUCCACAACUCUCAGGUGAACAACAUCGUGCACUCGUCCUUCCCCAGGAGGGAGAAGAAGAGCAAAGGGAAGAAGAAGAGGUUGACCAAGGCAGACAUCGGCACACCGAGCAACUUCCAGCACAUUGGCCAUGUGGGCUGGGACCCCAACACGGGCUUCGACUUAAAUAACUUGGACCCUGAGCUGAAGCACCUGUUUGAUAUGUGCGGCAUCUCCGAGGCUCAGCUGAAGGAUAAGGAGACCUCCAAGGUGAUCUAUGAUUUCAUUGAGAAGAAAGGAGGCGUGGAAGCCGUCAAAAAUGAGCUCCGGAGGCAAGGUCCGCCCAGGUGGAGCGCUCCCCCACCACCUCCAUCCAGAGGCGGCCCCCCUCCUCCUCCCCCACCACCACACCACAGCUCCGCCCCUCCUCCCCCCCCUCCUGCCCGGGGAGGACGGGGCGCCCCUCCGCCUCCUCCCCCCUCCAGAGCUCCGGUCUCUGCCCCCCCACCUCCCCCUCCAUCCCGAGUGGGCAUGUCCGCUCCCCCGCCUCCUCCGCCCAGCCGGGGCUCUCUCCCGCCUCCCCCUCCGCCAGCUCACGCCUCCCUCCCCAUGGCCCCGCCCCCGCCUCCUCCUCCCCCCUCAUCCUCAAUUCCAUCCAGUACCGGCGCUCCUCCUCCGCCGCCGCCUCCUCCCCCGCCUCCCGGCCCUCCGCCCCCUGCUCCUCCACCCUCCACGGAGGCUAACGGAGGGGACGGUGCCCCGGGCAAGUCGGCGCUGCUGAGUCAGAUCAGGGAGGGAACCCAGCUGAAGAAGGUGGAGCAGAAGGAGAGGCCGGUGUCCAGCGUGGGCCGGGACGCACUUCUGGACCAAAUCAGACAAGGAAUCCAACUUAAAACCAGGGAUGACGCAGAUCCAGCGCCUGCCACCCCGACGCCCUCAGCAGGCAUCGUUGGGGCGCUGAUGGAGGUGAUGCAGAAACGGAGCAAAGCUAUUCACUCUUCAGAUGAGGACGAUGACGACGAUGAAGAUGAGGACUUUGAGGAUGACGAUGAAUGGGACGACUAGUGAUUCCACCCCCCUCCCUGACCCCUCGAUGAUCAUGACACUAAAAAAUGUUCUUGUCCUUCUAAAAAGAAAUUGUUGAUUUCAAGGUUAUAAAUGUAAAUGUUCUAUCAGUUUGCUGUAUAUUUCUGUUGCCUUUAUGCUUUUUUUUAUUAUUAAUCUGUGCAAUACCUCAUUUAAUCUGUAAAUGUUUGUCAUUCUCAUCUGUCUGUCGGCUACGUCUCUUGAUAACGACUCUCUUUUGAACAAUCCUUGUUCAAAACUAAUUUUUUUUCUCAUAUUUCUCUUUCACCCCGUAUCUCUCUAUCUUCCACUCCCUUCUGUCGCCAGCAGUCGAUCAUUUCCACCAGUGAUUCAUCCAUCUCUGCUUUCAGCUGCCUCUCAUUCCACGCUGUCCCUCUCCCACAUUCCCAGUACCCAGAUUAAUGUGCAAUUUUCAAUUACUUUUGAAAAUCUGAGCUGAAUGUCUUUUCUUUUCUUUUCUUUCAUAUAUCUCUUGGUCAGUGAUUAACGAGAGGGCUUACAAGACAGCUAGAUGAAAUGCCACAAACCUUUGGUUAAUUGUAUCAUCGUUUGUUAGGAGGGAAAAAAAUGAACUAUUUUCAUACCCAACUGCUCUGUAGUUUAUUUUUACGUAUUCAAAUGAUCCUAGUUUAGCACUCAUAUUUUCUUAAAACGGAGGAGAAAAUGCUCUUUUUGGAAUAUUUAGCUUCAUUUGCUGUGGACUGUAAAUUUGCUCCAGAGUUUUGAGUCUUGUUAUAUUUUUGCACAGAUCGAAAGAGGAGACUCGCUGCAUGAAAAUGGGACAUUUCCAGUCUGCGUGGAAAUGAGAUGUGCAUACGCUUUAAAUAAUGAGACCGAAGAGACUCAGACACCAACCGUUAACAUAUCACACUACACACAGUAACAGAGGUCGCCCGCAGUGUUAUGGCCGCCCGUCUGUUUUGUACUCAUUUAGUUUUUUUGGUCCUUGUCACACUACAGAUUCAGAUGAAUUUGUGCUUAGAUUUCUGUUUCUCUCCUGUUGUUUUUUUAAGUAGCAAGCAGAGUAUUAAUGAAUGCCUGUUUGUUGUAAUCGGCUCAUUCAUCAUGUAAAGCUUGAGGAAUAAAGACAUUUUAGUUUUA